UGCAUGUAUCCAAUAACAAAUAGGCGUGUACAUGUAGCUUUCCCAGUGUCAGCAGCGCGGUCAUAUGAUCUGGUGAAGACACGACCAAACUUCCCGUUUCGUGUGUUAAGCAGGGAGACGCAUUUUCACAGCCAGGACGUAUACUCCCUGAAGCACAUGAGCCACUCUGCGGGCACCAGCAGGCAGAAAACAGAGAGUGAUGGAGAGCGGCGUCUCAUUGGAUCUUCAUCUGGGGACCCCAGCGCAGGUGGAGAUCGCGAGGACCAAGAUGAACCCACGACAACAUUUGUCUACGUCUUGGCAUUUUUCUCCGCCCUGGGAGGAUUCCUCUUUGGCUAUGACACUGGGGUGGUGUCCGGGGCCAUGCUGCUCCUCAAGAGGGAGAUGAACCUGAACGUUCUCUGGCAGGAGCUGCUGGUCUCCAGUACGGUUGGAGCUGCAGCACUCUCUGCCCUGAGUGGGGGCUACCUGAAUGACUGGCUGGGGCGCAAGAUUUGCAUCCUUAUUUCCAGUUUCAUCUUCGCCAUUGGAAGCAUCAUAUUGGGUUUAGCCCCAGAUAAGGUGGUCCUUCUUGUUGGCAGGAUCAUAGUUGGUCUGGGGAUAGGUAUUGCCUCAAUGACCGUUCCUGUUUACAUCGCUGAAGUUUCCCCGUCUCAGCGGAGAGGUCAGCUGGUCACCAUAAACUCCCUCUUCAUCACUGGUGGUCAGUUAGUUUCCAGUUUGGUGGACGGAGCGUUCAGCUUCCUGAGGCAUGACGGCUGGAGGUACAUGCUGGGUCUGUCCAUUUUCCCAGCAUUGCUGCAGUUUUUUGGCUUCUUCUUCCUCCCUGAAAGCCCCCGCUGGCUUCUCCAAAAGGGUCGCAGCUCAGAGGCCCGUCGCGUUCUCAUCAAGAUCAGAGGAGGCCAGAACGUCGAUGACGAGUACGACACCAUUCGAACCAGCAUUGAGGAAGAGGAGAGAGAGGCAGGAGCAGGAGGCUUCGUCAUUUUGAAGAUUCUUGGGCACGGACCGACUCGCCGGGCUCUCUUCGUCGGCUGUGGCCUUCAGAUGUUUCAGCAGCUGUCUGGGAUAAACACCGUCAUGUACUACAGUGCAACCAUUCUGCAGAUGGCCGGGGUGCGGGACGAUAAACAGGCCAUCUGGUUGUCGGCUGCAACCUCUGCAACCAACUUUUUGUUCACGCUGGUUGGAGUCUGGCUUGUGGAGAAAGUGGGUCGCAGGAAGCUGACCCUGGGCAGUCUUUUAGGUACUGGGCUGAGUCUGGCCUUGUUGGCAGUCGGGUUCCUGCUGUCUUCCCAGAACUCCCCGCCUGUGACCCUCCACUCAGUCGACUCUCAGAACUCAACCUGCAGACAGUACGGGUUCUGUGAGCCGUGCAUGUUGGAUCCAAGCUGUGGAUUUUGUUAUCGUGAAAACGGAACCCAAGUGUUCGACUCCUCCUGCGUUCCCGCCGGUCAGUCGUCCACAGAUCAUGCAGCGUGGGGAAGAUGCUACAACAUGACAGAGGGAAACGACAGUGCAAUCUGGGCCUAUAACUACUGUCCCACAUCCUACUCCUGGGUCGUCCUGAUUGGCCUCAUUCUCUACCUUGCAUUCUUCGCUCCAGGUAUGGGUCCGAUGCCGUGGACGGUGAACUCUGAGAUCUACCCACUGUGGGCUCGCAGCACUGGCAACGCCUGCUCGGCGGGGGUCAACUGGAUCUUCAACGUCCUGGUGUCUCUGACGUUCCUCCAUGUCGCAGAGUUUCUGACCUAUUAUGGGGCGUUCUUCCUGUACACAGGCCUGGUGGUGCUGGGUCUCUUCUUUGUCCUGGGAUGCCUCCCAGAAACUAGGGGCCUGCAGCUGGAGGACAUUGAGAACCUGUUCUCCGGUCCGCUCUGCUCCUGCGGAGCCUCGGCACCCAACAGCAACCGCGAGGUCCACUACGUCCGGGUAAAAGGCAGCAACCGCCUCCUUUCUGACACUGAUGCCUCAGAUGUAGACUAGGAAGUCUUUACUUCCACUCUGGCUUCCUCUUGUUUUUGUUUUUUUUUACACUGUUGGGUUGACGUAAGGGAAAGACUGUCCAUACGGGGAAGAGGAAAGGCAGCCAUGUUGCUCUCUGCAGUGGACCAUGAGCAAAAAAACCAUGAAUAAUUUCUCAACUGAAUAACUAUAACUGGUAUUUCCUCUUGCUCCGGGGACUCUCUCUUUUCCUCAGUUUCUCUGUUUACUGUUCUUCAGUUUGAGUCGUGUUAAAGUUACACUACUGUCCACAGCCAAGGGUGCCUGAAGCAAUCAAACAUUCAAAUAUUUAUCUUUGUGUUGUUUAACCUAUUUCAGGUUUUCUCAAGUUCGGUUAUAUGAGGUACUGACACAGAUUCCAUCAGCAUGGGGUUUUUUUAUGCAUUGUUUUAGAUUUGCACAUAUAUUUCAGUGACUAAACCACACGACUGAAAAUCUUCAGUUCGUUUCACAUUGAGCAGAUACUGUAAUGGGUGACGGGACUGAUGGGUACAAUAACGUACCGUCCUCUGAGCUAAAUCUCAAAGCUUUCCUUUCUGAAUUUCCUGUCUGGAUUAAGGAUUAAGAAAGGUAAAUCUUUCUUGGUUCCGUGCCGUAAACUUUGAUCUGUAUGUCAUACAGUUUGAGUCAGAUACGAACAAUGUGGCAGCUAAUCGGAAUAUGGUGCUCUCCUUUUUAUACGUAUACAUGAAUUUAUGUAUAAAAUGUUUCCUCUUGAGUGACUGAAACUAGUGACGCAAGUUUCGCAUCUUUUCCGCGUCGUCCAGUGCAUAAAUCCUUGCUUGUAUCUUUCUUGUAUCUACGAAUUAAAUCUUAUGUUCAUUGUUCUCUGUCAGGUUCCCCAAUGUGGAGCGUGGACAUUAGUGUAUGUGUAGAUUCUGUGGAGUGGGUUGCCAUUGUACGUUUCUGCAAACACACUUAUAAUAUUUAUAUGACAUGAAUGAAAGGUCAAAAGCUAAAAUUCAAACACUUUUGUCUGCACAAACGUGACACACUGUCGCUGUCGACGCUGCACAAACCCACUGACGGUUGUAAAGGGUGAGCAACAGUAUUCAUUUUUGCAAUUUUUUUUGUUGUUAUUUCAAAUUUCUCGAUGUGUUUGCAGAAAAAGUCAAACGGCAACAUUUUUUCCUGAGAAACCAGGUGGUGAUUUUCUCUGAAAAUCUGUGUUGGUGUAAAUGAAUCAGGUGGUGGUUGUGUAGAAUUAAAAAGAUAAUUUCGUGUCA